CCAUUCUGGCAUUACGUCAAUUGGUAGAGAUCGUUCGUUCGUUCGUCUGGUAGGAGGUACCCGCCGCGUCCGCCAUUGUUUCGUCAGUUCGUCACUCUCGUAUUUUUUUCGGGACGUGGUACCCGUGGCGUUGAUGAAAAAAAAUAUCGAGAUCGCGUUUGUUCGUAAACGAAAAUAAUCGAGAUAAUAAGUUAACUACGAAGGACAAUAACCUUACAAUAAUAAAAGGAAAGAACGUAGUGAAUCGUUUAGAGGAAAGACAUCAAGGAAAGCAAACGGAUAAACGCUCAGAAAUAAAACAGAGAGAGAGAGAGAGAGAGCGCGCAAUAUAGUGUUAGAAGACUCGAGAGCAUAGCAUGUCCACAAUGAAUCCGGAAUAUGACUAUUUAUUCAAGCUCCUGUUGAUUGGGGACUCUGGAGUUGGUAAAUCGUGCCUUCUUCUGCGUUUUGCGGAUGACACAUACACAGAGAGUUACAUCAGUACGAUCGGAGUUGAUUUCAAAAUAAGAACAAUCGAACUAGACAAAAAAACGAUAAAGCUUCAAAUUUGGGACACUGCGGGACAAGAAAGAUUCAGGACUAUAACAAGUUCUUACUACAGAGGAGCUCAUGGUAUAAUCGUCGUUUAUGAUUGUACGGAUCAGGAUUCCUUCAACAAUGUCAAGCAAUGGCUCGAAGAGAUUGAUCGUUAUGCCUGUGACAAUGUCAAUAAGCUACUGGUCGGCAACAAGUGCGAUUUAACUAACAAGAAAGUCGUCGAUUAUCCGGUUGCCAAGGAAUACGCAGAUCAAUUGAACAUUCCGUUCCUCGAGACCUCAGCAAAGAACGCAAUGAACGUUGAGCAGGCUUUCAUGACGAUGGCUGCUGAGAUAAAAACACGAGUCGGUUCGCCGUCAAGUGCGGGAGUUGAGACAGCGAAUAAUCUGAAAAUUACGCAAGGACGCGACGUCGAUGCCCCGAAAUCCGGAUGCUGCUGAAAUCGUUAAUGUUUCUCUUUAAAUAAACUAACCAAGGUAACAUCGUGAUGCAAAAUACUUGGCCACGCGAUCGAGAGCGUAGCAGAGAAGAAAGGAAAAAGAACAAGAAUAAGGAAGAAUGAUUGGGAUAAAAAAUAAGAAGAUGUUUGAUUAAUACGACGAAGUAAAUGAAGCGAUGCUCUCUCCCGAACCCUCCCCCAACCCUCAAGGACCAUCAACUCCAUUAUUUGGAGUUGUACAAAAUUCUUUAGUUUCCGUUUAAAAUGUGAGAAAAAGUGUGUGAUAGAGAGUAAUCGAGAAAUAUUUCAAAUCGAGGGGCGAUGGCGAGAGACAUUGCAAAAUAAGGUUGAAAAUUGAUGGAAAAAAAGAAACAAGAAAGAAAGAGAGAGCGAGAGAAAGCAAGAGAGUUUGAGAUAAAGGAGAGUAACUAAUUAUUCAAUUUGCAAUUAAGUAGCAUGAGAAUCGGUGGUUAGAACGAUUCAUUGCAUUAGCCUCGAAUUGAAAAAAAAGCAAAAUAAAAAACCGAUUAUUGAGAGAAAAAGAAAAUGUCGAUCGUGUAUGACGAAGGUGCGAUUAAGAGUGAUUCGAGUUUGAUAAAUAAACCUAAAAUAAAGUCGUGAAUGAUUGUGGAAGAACAAAAAUUGAAAAAGAAAAUGAAAAAAAAAAAAAAAAACCCAGCAACGAGAGAAACAAGCACCUUUAUUUUUAGCCUAAUUGUAAUAUGUAUAGAUAGCUAUACUGGUUAACGUAUGCCUUCCCCUCCUCGCCCCUUAACCAUAAAAAACGACCCAUCGUCGGACAAAAAUCUACCCCUUAACGCAGCACUUUGCAGCUUGUUUUUAUUUCCCCCUCGAGUAUGUCCGUUUGAACAGAACAUGAAGAAAAAAAAAACAAACCGAUCAUCGACUGUUCUAUUAUUGCUCCGGUUAUCAAUAAUACCCGGUAUCAUUUUGAAUGAUGAAAUAGAAAAAAAAAAAAUAAAAAAAAUUACACAAAUAAAAA